AGACGAUCACGAGCUUUGGAGGAAGGCUUUUCGCUUUUGUUGUAGCAGUGUAGGCCGCUUGUCGUUUCUCCACGUGCUUCCCGUUAUUUCGCGUCACGCGGUCUCGACUAAUGGCGAAAUACCGGACGACGAGAAAUAAUUGAACCCAAUGUUCUACCCCGUUACCCCAUGGUCUACAGAAAUGACAUCUGAAUUCAACGAACACUUGUCGUCUGUAAUUCCCUCGAAUUCUGAUUGUGGUGACCGAGAUUUGCAAAAUUUUAACGCGAGCUUUGAUCGCCUUUCUUGGCACGAACACGUGUAUAGAAGACUUUCUAGUAAACCGACACCGCAUUAUAUUGAAAAUAUUUUGGGAUUGAAAAGUGAACAGUGUGAUAAUCAGGACAAUAUGAUUGGAAACUUUAGUCCCCCGAAAGUUAGUUAUCCUGUGCAACAAACUGUGACAGCCGAUAUUAAUGAACCAUUGAAUUUAUGUGUGAAAAGUCAAAUUAAAAUAAGAGCAAAAACUGUUAAAGAUUCGACGAAGAAGAGGAAAAAGACUAUUAAAGACUCUAUAGACAUUAAAUCAACUACCGAGACUCAACCAAUUGUGACACCAACUAAAAUAGAAGUAGAUCCAAGUCCGGAAGACGUAGAAAGUAAGAACAAGAAAAAGAAAGCGCGAACGACAUUUACCGGCAGACAGAUUUUUGAAUUAGAAAAACAAUUUGAAAUGAAAAAGUAUCUCAGUAGCAGUGAAAGAUCAGAAAUGGCUAAACUACUCAAUGUAACAGAAACACAGGUAAAAAUAUGGUUUCAAAAUCGUCGAACCAAAUGGAAAAAGAAUGACAAUGUUUCUAAUAUUGAAGUGGCAGAGCAUAAAAACAUAACCUCGAAACCUGAAGAGCUUCGUACAAGAACAAAAUCCAACAUAAACCACAGCCAAAGUUCGAAUUCCAGUAUUGAAAGUGAUACGAAGAGUUCGGCAGCAUCCGCCAUUGUGGAUUACCCUCCAGAUAAAAACUUCAAAGAUAUUCUUAAAACGAAUCUCCCGCAUUCUCCUAACCCGCAAUUACCCAGUCAACACAAUCAGAUAAACGCGACAAGGGAUGUUUCGUUGAAUUCUUCGUUCGUUAGUCAAGAAAAAUCUUAAGAGUGUUUAAUGUGUAGGUACUUACGUGUCUUUUGCUCUUUUGUUCUUUUUAAUAGAUAUUGAAAGCCAUUGUUUUCAGAAAUAUUGAGCAAAUAAUCUUGUUCUCAUUCUAAGAAUGAUUUGGAUAAGAAUUAUUUAAUCUUCGGUAUAAAAUAUUCUUAUUAUUUAAAUAAUUUGACAGAAAUUUCACAUUUUUUGGAUAAUUAUCAAAAUGGUAUUUCGAGUUUUUAUGAUUUCCGUAUAGAAGAAAUGCAUAACCUAGCAGUAAAAUGUUAACGAUGAUGAUAGUAACACAACAGAAGUAAUUUUGCAUAUCAACGUAUGUAUACUGUCAAAAAUCUCAUACUUCAGAUAUAGAUGACAUAUUUCACCUGGUAGCAAUAUUCGUUCAUAUAUCGUCUUGUACCGGGUGAGCAACUGAGAACGCCCGUCUGCCAUAUCUCAGGAACGGAUUAUAUUACAGCUUCACCUUCAAGGAAAAAAAUAUAAUAAAAGUGGUUCCGAGAAACAUGUGGAAAUUACUUUCAGAACUUUAGGUCUACCAUUCGAGGGCGUAUUUGAAAAUAAAACAAUUAAAAGAACAAAAUUUUUUAAAAUUCACCCAUUUAAGUGGCACUUAUAUACAAUAAUCGAAUUAGUCAACAAAUUCGGCGCAUUUUUUAUUACUUAACUUUUAGUCUAUCUCUUCCAAUAAGAGAGUGGGAAGCGGGAAGCUUGUUAUAAAAACCUGUGAAUCCGGUUCUGCUUAGCCGAUUUCUAUAAACAUGUUAAUUGAAAAAGGUUUUGUCCAGCAAUACGACAUAUUAUUAUUUUUAUUUUCAUAUUAUGAUUUCAUUUAACAAAUUUAAAUUGAAGCGUAAAAGUUUAAGAAGGUCUUUUAAAAUUAAACCACAUUAACAUUAAAAUAGCGAAAAACGCAUGUUGAUAUCUUUUUUCUAUCCAGAGAUAUCUUAGGAAAUGUGUAAACGGCAGGAAUUUUUGUUCCGACGUCUUAUUUGAAGAUAUAGACUAAAACUUGUGUAAUAUGUUGGAAAACUCGAUUAUCUAUAUGAAAUGCCACUUGAAUAACAUCACAGUAACAGUAACAAUCGACGUAAAAAAUUUACUCUGACAGCUCAGUGGUAGCUAUCCUUUAGAUUUGAAUUGUUUCCUCAAAAUUAUUCCCUGCAGAAUCCAUACAAGCUGCAAAACUUGUUAAAAGCGCUCUCAUGCAGGCCACCAAAAUCAUUGCUGGUGUAACUCUACGACUUUAAGAUCAUCUGAAUCCAUAAAUUGUUGUGUGAAGUAUUAUGAAUACAACCGUUGGGAAAAGUUUAACAAAAUGCUCCUCCAACAUCCUAAAUUUUUUUGUUGUACCAAAGGAAUGUCUUCCAUAAAUUUAGGCAUUUCAUAUACAAGAAAUUGUGAAUACUCUUCUAAAGUCAUCAUGGUCCAAUAAAUAAACAUUUUGUAUUUCAAGCUGUUUAGAAACGAGUUUAAGAAACCCAAUAUAAGUUUUUCCUCAACUAAUAACGGAUAUUAUGUUUAUUCACUAAAACAUUUUGUUAUGAAAACUACUAUCAUUACGUACAUUUAAAGGAAUUUUCGCCAAUCAUAACAUCAUUAGUGGUAGGGUGAUAUUUGUGUCUUCAUAAUUCUCUUUACGAUGCUUUUGCUUACUUCAAUUUCUCUAGCUAUUUUUCUAAGGAAUGUAUGGUGUUCAACUGUUUAUAUAUGGAGCUGUAUUAUUAAUAUUAUUUUCCACAGGAAGUUUUGUGUGGGGCAUGGAUUUUGUUUGUGAAAGAAUCUAGAGAACACCAUAUUGUGCUAUGAGACAACGUUGACAAACAUAUUUUUGGUAUAAAUGGGCUCAACGUCGAGCAAUUAGCUUAUUUCUUUCUGCGAGGAUUGCUACUCAACUUUUGAUACAGACAAAUAAAAACAAAUAUUUAUAAUUGAAUAUGUCUCUAAAUUUCCGAAGAAUUUUUUUGAUUCUGAUUGAGGUACAUCCAAAGCUAGUGAUUUAAACGUUGACCUAGCAAUUUAUUUUUGAUCUGAGGGAAUAAGAACGAACCAUUGGAUGUCACUGUUUAAAAACGUUUGUUUAAAUUGAUGUGUGAUGAAUGAUUCGUCUUGUGCGAUUCGUUUUUCUGACUUUUACGAUCAUUUCUGGCAACAAACGCUAGUGUACCAUUCAGAAUAGACCGUUCUACGUUGCUCUAAUGAAACAGUGGCGAUAUGUUCAGUUAUUCCGAACUGAUGACCAUUUGACUCGUCUUGAAAAACUGAGACAGUUUCGAGUUCAUAUGUAUAAAUUCAUAAUUCGUCGCCUUUCACCAUCUUAUAGACGUCUUUUGAAUUUUUUCAUCAUUUCUUUGCACCAAUCGACACUAUCUUUUUUUGAGCGAUUUUCAAAUUAUCAUCAUCAAGAGUCGAAGCGAAUUGAUCGGCACUGCUAUUGGUUGAUCCACGUCGAUAGUCACAGAAAAUCAUCGCACGUUUUAAAAAACUCAAAUAGCACUCGUAUCAGUGUUGCCAUAUCGCAAAUCUUAAGCAGUAACACUCGUAUUUACCUUAAACUAGAAGCACCAGGGUCGAUAUUAAUUCUUUUUAUAUUUAAUAUUGGACACCCAAACAAUUAUUACUAUUAUACAUCUAUUUUGUAACUUGACAAAAUUUUCAAGUUUAUUCUAAAUAUAAUGAAAUGAUAUUUUCAAAAAGAAAUUGCAAUUUGAAAUUAAAAAGUGAAGAGUGGUUACGUCAAAUGUAAUAAAUUUAUAUACGUGAUCAUUUUAAUGCACUUAAAAACAGUAUUUAUAUUUUUUUUAUUAUCUUAUCAAAUGAAUUUGAUAUUGUGUGUAUACGAUAACUUGGGACAACCAGUAUAUUAAUUUUUGGCUGUGAAUUCCAAAAUAAAUAAUAGAAAAUUCACAUUCACAAGAUGAUCAUAUUUAUAAUAUCACUAAAAUAAAUAACUUCGUCCAUUGAUGUACGAGUACUAUAAUAAUAUAAUACAGUAAAAUAGAGAAGUGUAUGUUCCUAUUAAUGGUUAACUGUUGUAAACUAUAUAUUUGGGUAAUAAUGUACCUAAAAGGUGUAAAUCAAUAUAUAAAGGAGCCAAUAAUAUUAAUACAGUGUUUAUAGUUUUUUAUUAACAUUAUAAAGAAAUAUUUUUGAAAAUUGAUUCUAGUUGAAAACAGGUGAUUAUCUUUUAUGGAAAAUAUUCUGAAAACAAUGGAUAUUUUGAAUAGUUGAGAUUGUAUAACCACAAAAGUACAAUUUUUUAGUUGCACAAAUUUACCAAAUGUUAGAAAAAUAUUUUUAAUAAAAAUUAAUUAUAUGUAAUUACCUUUCUAUAUCUAAUUUAUAAAAUAUUUUGUAAUGUUCAUAUCAAUCCAAAUUUAUGUAUGGACGAAAAAUGCCGUUGUUUCAGUA